UUUUUUUUUGUUUUCAGACGUUCAGACGCAAUGCAGACCUAAAAAAGACGUCUUUGAAACUUUGUAUGCUGUCCUGGUCUGGAACUAGUGGAACUAGGUAUAAUUUCUAGGAGGAGAAAGAACAGACUUUAUAUUAAGUAAUAAAAACUCAGUUGAAAAUGUUGAUUUCACAAAAAUGUGUAUAAUUAUCGAAAUUGAAGGAAAAUUUUUGUGAUAACGAAAUAUAAAAGCCCUUCACGAUUAGAUGCUAUGGCUUUUAAUCAAUAGAUAAGCUAGAUUAAAAUAACAAUUGCCUAAACACCAAAUAUCUGGUCCAAAAACAAAAAUGUCUCUCAAAAUAUAUGGUGCUUCUGCUAGUCCGCCUUUUAGGGCCGUUUUGAAGUGCGCAAAAGUCUUGGAAAUCGAUUUGAAAGUGCAAACAAUCGACUUUAUUAAUGGAGAGCAUUUAAGCCUUAAGAAGACGACGGAUUUUUUUUUGGCAGAUAGUCACGCAAUCAACGGCUAUUUAAUAGGAAAAUUUGGCAAGGAAAAUGAUCCUUUGUAUCCGAAAAACGACAUAAAACGUCGAGCUUUGAUUGACCACCGCUUACAUUUGGAUUCCAGCAUUAUUGCUGCAAAAGGCCUACAAAUAACUAGGCCUUUGAACUAUCACAGGCUCAAACCCACUCAGCAAAGUCUGGACGAUCUAAAAGAAGCCUUUGGAUUUUUAGAGAAACAACUUGAUUCAAACUACAUAGUGGGAAAAAUACCUUGUCUAUAG